AUGCUGCUUGGGAUGUCUUAAGUGAUGAUAAAAAAAGAUAAGAAUAUGAUAAUUUUAGAGGAUUUUUUGGAUAAUCUGAAGGUUAAAAUUCUGGAUAAGGUGGAAAUGGUUUUAAUCCUUUUGGAGGUUUUGGAUCUAAUAAUUAAUUUGGUUAAAAUCCUUUUCAUCAAGCAGGAGGAGGAUAAAACCCUUUUGGAGCAGGUUCUCCAUUCGAAAAUGUAGAUCUUGAUUAGGUUUUGCAAUAGUUAAAAAAAAAUGGAAUUAAAUUAGAAGACUUAUAAAAUCACCCUUAAUUUAGUGAGUUUAACAAAAUGUUUGGUUUAAAUGAAGAACCAAAAAAUAUAAAAGACAAAAUCAAGUACAAAGUUAAAUAAGAAGCAGUUAAAUUUAUGCUUAAAAAAAUGCAAGAAAAGCUAGAAAAAGAAAUCUAGUUUCACAAGGAGUAAAAGGAAAAGUAUUAAUAGUAAGCCAAUGGAUUUAAACCACAGAAUACUUCUUCAAGAAAUUAUAAUUAGUAAUAAUAGAACUAUUAAAGUUCAUACUAAUAAAGUUAAAGCUAAAAUAAUUUUGAAUUCGACCCUUUUAAGGGAUUCAAUCAAUAACAAUCUUCAUCAUAGAAUUAAUAGAAUUAUUAAAAUUAAAAUCAAAACAAAUAUGAAUUUGACCCUUUCAAAGGAUUCAAGCCCAAUCAAAAUGUUUAUAACAAUAAACCAAAAUAAUAAAAUAAUUAAUAAAAUAAUGUUGACGAUAUUAUAAAUGUAAUUAUUUAAAAUUAAUAUAUUUCUAUUUUUUCUUAAAUUCUGUAGACUAGUUUUAUUUAAAUUUUUUUUUAUCUAAAAAUAUAAAGAAAGCUAGUGA